AGUGGGAUGGGGGUCCCGCGGCAGCGCUGAAACUCCGGGUGGGCGUCCAUGGCGCCGCUGCGCUGACAGGGCUGGGAGCAGCUCGCCUUCCGCCCUCGCCCGCUCAGCGUCCGAGCAACCGGUCCUUCCUCGGGGAGCCAGUUCCUCCCCGGGCCGCCGAGCCAUGCCCAUCGCGACCGUCCGGGACGAGCCAGGCAUAAAUUAAUUAUUGGAAAGCUGCUAGACAAUGGAGCCAGACAUCAUUCGAAUGUAUUCUUCAUCUCCCCCACCGCUAGACAAUGGAGCAGAGGAUGACGAUGAGGAUGAAUUUGGGGAAUUUGGUGGAUUUUCAGAAGUCAGCCCUUCUGGUGUAGGGUUUGUUGAUUUUGAUGCACCAGAUUAUACUCGUCCUAAGGAGGACUUUGUACCUUCAAACCAUUUUAUGCCAAUUCACGAUUACUCAGAAAAUGUAGAUAGCCUUACAAGCUUUAAGUCCGUUAAAAAUGGUAAUGAUAAGGAUAUCACUGCUGAACUUUCUGCUCCUCUGAAAAGUCAAUCUGAUGUUGUACUUUCUACCACCAGCAAAGAAAUGAUUCCAUCUAAAAUUUUAGAGACUUCCAUCGAUGGCAUGGAAAGCCUGGGAGAUUUAAAUAAAGUAGUGAUACCGGGACCAAACACUGGACAACCCAGAUGUUUCUCUCCGGGAGAUUUUAGAACUGACAGAAACAUUGUUCAUCAAACCAAGCAGUUAGAGAGCUGCAAUGGUGAAAAGCCGCCUUGCCUGGAAAGUCUAACAAACGGGUUUGCAGGUUUAGAAACUGUAAAUCCUCAGGGAACAGAAGACCUGGACAACGUGGCUGAUUCAAGGAGAUUGAAACCUCAUAGCCCUUGUGGCACGGAGUGUGGUUUAGAGUCUGCAUCUAGUCCUGCUAAGGAAUUUGCGGAUUUUGCUGCCUUUUCCCAAACAGAAAGGAUACAACUAGAAGAAGUAGAAUGUGCAGUUUUAAAUGAUGGUGAUGCACUGACCAUCCAGGAAAACAGCAGAGUCAACAGAGUCAACGAACUGAACUCUAGGAAGGGUGUGUCUGUGGGUAGAAGCCUUGAGGAUGAAGGAGUUACUGAUGGAGAACAUCAAGUCUGUGUUUCAGAGGUCCAUGUAAUAACUGACAGAGAUCUCCAUGUUGAAAAACAAGACCUUCAAACACUGCGACAAGAUGAAUUUUUAAAUUCAAGAAUUCAGUCUGAGGCUUGGAACUUGGUAGAUUCAACUGGAAAUUCAGAAGGCAUUAGGCGGGACCAGUGUAAAACUGAGGAAAAUGAUUUAUUUGCUUCUAAAUGUGCUGACCUGUGCAUGGAUUCUGUUAAAACUUCUGAUGUUAAUGAAGUUGAUUCUUCCAAAGAAGAAAAUAGAAAGUUUACUAAUUCCAAAAGCCCGAACCUUGAUCUCACAGAGGAAAAUAUUUUGGAUGAUUCGGCUGCAAGCAUAAAAAAUGGUGACAGUGGUAACGACUUUGCAGCUUGGCACGAUACCAAUGAAGAUGAUUUUGGCGACUUUGGUACGGCCAGUGGCGCCACUCCUCCUUUUGUUACUUGUACUCAAGACUCAAUGAGUGAUGUCACGUUCGAAGAGACCUCGGAACAUUUCCUACAUUUUAGUGAGCCAGGUGAUGAUUUUGGAGAAUUUGAGGAUACAAAUGCUGCUUCUUGCCAAGAGGAAAUGAUAUUUACUGAGUCCAACCUAAAACAGACCUCUGGUAGUUUGUCAGAGGAAGAUCAGUUGGCAGGGAAGUCUGCUGGAAAAGACAGUGAACCUGACUCAAAACUGAAAAAUGGUCAAGACAGUGAAUUUGGAGAUUUUGAUUCUGUGCCAAAUACUCAAGACAGCAGUAGUGCUUUUCAGGACUCUGAUGACUUUGCUGACUUCAGUUCAGCUGGUCCUAGCCAAGCUACAGACUGGAAUGCUUUUGAGGAUGAACAAAAAGAUGGUUGUUCUUGGGCUGCCUUUGGAGACCAGCAGGCUCCUGAAUCCCAGCAUCGAAAGGAAGUCUGGCAGUCACAUAGGACAGAUGAAAACAUUGAUGCUCUGGGAACCCCUAAGAUGCACAGCAUCCCUUUAGCCACUUCCAAAGGAACAGUUGCUAGUGGCCAUUUGCAGGAUUCAGCCACUUCAGUUCAGACAGCUUUACUCAACCGGUUGGAGAGAAUUUUCGAAGCCUGUUUUCCUUCUGUAUUUGUCCCUGAUGCUGACGAGGAAGUUACUUCUCUGAAGCACUUGCUGGAAACAAACACCUUGCAGAUAAAAACAAGAGAAGCCUUAGCUGAAAAUGGUGAACUGCUGGAUGUAUGGACGGAACUGCAGGAUAUUCAUGAUGCACAUGGCUUGAGAUACCAGUGGGGUGGCUCCCAUAGCAACAAGAAGCUUUUGUGUUCCUUGGGAAUAGACACUCGAAACAUUCUGUUCACUGGCAAUAAGAAGCAGCCUGUUAUAGUACCCAUGUAUGCAGCAGGAUUGGGUAUGUUAGAGCCCACCAAGGAACCAUUGAAACCACUGUCUGCUGCAGAAAAAAUUGCUUCUAUUGGUCAGACAACCAUUAUGACACCAGAAAUGAACACAUGUACAUCUGAUCCAUUCCAGGAGUCUCUACCACCCGUCCAGUUUGACUGGAGUAGCAGUGGCCUUACUAACCCUUUAGAUGCUAGUGGAGGUUCCACUCUUCUGAACCUUGAUUUCUUUGGGCCCGUGGAUGACAGUAGCUCUAGCAGCAGCACAAUCCCAGGUGUGGAUCCAGAGUUGUAUGAAUUAACAACUGCUAAGCUGGAGACCUCCACCUCAGGCCUCAAAGUGACUGAUGCAUUUGCGAAGCUCAUGUCUACGGUGGAGAAGACGAGCACGUCGACCAGGAAACCAAAAAGAGAGGAACACCUAAGUGAAGAAGCUGUGAAGGUGAUCGCCAGCCUUCCGGACUUAACCUUCAUGCAUGCCAAGGUGUUGAUGUUCCCAGCCACACUGACACCUUCCACAAGCUCCCAGGAACAAGCAGAAGGAUAGCUGGUUGAACUGGACAGUUUCAAAUACUUUUUCCUUUCCUCUAUCCCUUCCCUACCAUCAAAAACAUAUCUGCUGUAAUUUAAAAAUGAAUAAAUACAUUCAA